AUGAAUGGUGAUCUUGUUGAUAAAUUUGAAUUGAUAAAUGAUGAUAAUAUAGAUGAUCAUAUAUUUGAUAUAUUUUCAAAUAACAAACCACCUUCUAAUUUAGGUUUUAUAAAUAAAUCGUCCAAUGAAAUAGAAGUAACAUUACCUAAUGCUCAAAUUGAUUUAAAUAUUAAACAAUCAUUAAGUCAAUUAUCCUCGAGGGAUAAGCAAGGUACAACUGGAUUUAUAUGUUGGUAUUCAUCAUUAUUAUUCAGCGAUUGGUUAUUAUCAAAGACUUGCCCUAUAAAGUUGAGUAAAGACAUGUCAAUUUUUGAAUUAGGUUCUGGUGUCGGUGGAAUUUGUGCUAGUACAAUACUGAAGCUGGUUGGUAAAUUCAUAGCUAGCGAUCAAAAGCAAAUACUAAAGUUACUAAAGGAGAAUGUUACAAAUAAUGUUGAUCAUUUUACCAGUAGGACCAUUAAAAACAGUUUCGGCCGUGGGCCAAACAUUGAAGUUAUUGAAUUUGAUUGGGAGGAUAUAGACCAGGGGAAGUACAAUUAUAAGGAGGCUGAAGAUAGACUACCAGAUGUUAUAAUAGCUUGUGAUACAAUCUACAAUGAGUAUUUGAUACCACAUUUUAUAAAUUCAUUCAAAUCAUUAUUGAAUAGUAAUAACUUUGUAUUAAUUUGUAUUCAAUUAAGAGAUGCAAUAACAAUUGAGAAAUUUAUACAAUCAAUAGUUGAAGAUGAACAAUUACUCAUCUAUUCAAUACCUAACUCAUUGUCAACUACUCAAUUAUCGAAUGGUUAUAUAGUUUUCUAUAUAAAACUUCUUUAA